CUGCCCGUUGUGUCCGUGGUGAGAGAUGCCGAGUCCCAGCUCCUGCCUGACGUGGGGGCCGUGGUGACAUGCAAGGUUUGCAGCAUUAACUCCCGCUUUGCCAAGGUGCACAUCCUGUACGUCGGCUCCACGCCACUGAAGUCCACCUUCCGGGGGACCAUACGGGGAGAAGAUAUUGGAGCCACGGAGAAAGAUAAGGUAGAAGUGUACAAGAGUUUCCGCCCUGGUGACAUAGUCCUGGCCAAAGUCAUCUCACUGGGCGAUGCACAGUCCAACUACCUGCUGAGCACGGCGGAACACGAAUUUGGGAAGGGGAGCCCCUGACACAUGGUGUCCUCAGGGGUACAGAUGGUGCCCAUCAGCUGGUGUGAGAUGCAGUGCCCACGGACACACACCAAGGACUUCCGCAAGGUGGCCCGUGUGCAGCCCCAGUUCCUGCAGACCUAG